CGCGGCUCGGAGCGCACAGAGCGCGGCUCGGAGCGCUGCCGCCGGCGCAUCGCACAGCCCGCUCCCGGCCCCGCCGCAGCCCCCCGCCCGGCCAGAUGAUGAACUUUCUGCGGCGCAGGCUCUCGGACAGCAGCUUCAUCGCCAACCUGCCCAAUGGCUACAUGACCGACCUGCAGCGCCCGGAGCCGCAGCAGCCUCCGCCGCCGCCGCCUUCCGCGGGCUCCUCGGGCCCCGCCUCGGGCUCUCCGGCCUCGGAGCGCCGGCAGCCGCCGCAGCCCGCGGCCCCGCAGCAGCAGCAGCCGCCGCCGCCGCAGCAAUCCGCGGGCAGCAGCUUCUUCAGCUCGCUCUCCAACGCCGUGAAGCAGACGGCGGCCUCGGCCGGGCUGGUGGACGCGUCCGCCGCCGUCUCCGCGGCCGUCGGCAGAAAGUUCAAGCUGCUCCUGGUCAUCGACGAGCCGCACACGGACUGGGCCAAGGCUUUUCGUGGAAAAAAGGUCCAUGGAGAGUACGACAUAAAGGUGGAACAGGCAGAAUUUUCAGAAAUCAACUUGAUAGCCCAUGCUGAUGGCAAUUAUGCAGUUGAUAUCCAAGUUAUUCGAAAUGGCACGAAGGUUGUCAGGUCGUUCCGGCCUGACUUUGUGCUGGUGCGGCAGCAUUCCUACAGCAUGGCGGAGAACGAGGACUUCCGCAACCUGAUCAUCGGGAUGCAGUAUGCCGGCAUCCCCAGCGUCAACUCCCUCGAGUCCAUCUACAACUUCUGUGACAAGCCCUGGGUGUUUGCCCAGCUGGUGUCUGUCUACAAAACUCUGGGCCCGGAGAAGUUCCCUCUAAUCGAGCAGACGUUCUACCCGAACCACAAGGAGAUGGUAGGUGCAAGCAGCAGGGCUAAAUCUUGUUUCUGUGCCUCUAAAACAGGGCCUGGGACACACAGUCUCCUUUUCCCAUCUGCUGUCUGCUCCAAAAGCCAUUUUGGCAGGGGUGGGACAGGGUGA